GGUAUGUUAAUUUGAGAUGCUGUGUCAUUCAGUUUAGGCUAUGUCUCUUGCAGUAAACAGCUCCAGGAGGAUAGAAGCCCUCGCUGGCAUCCCCAUGUAUCAAAACCAGUUCACGGCCUGGUACUGGCAGAUGUCCGUGGUCAGCACCGGGACCUUGGUGGGCUCAAUGUUUUACUUUGGCCAGAAAAAGGAGAAGCCAACAGGUGAUGAAGUAGAACAAAAGGAUGCCUCAACAAGUGAAGUACCCAGUGAACUAUCUGAAUGCCCAAAAGGGUUUUAUGUGCAAACGAUGGUCACAUAUAAAGAAGAUUUUGUCCCAAUUACUGAAAAGAUCCUCACCUAUUGGAAAUCAUGGACUGGUGGCCCUGGUGCAGAAUCGUGACUGGCUGCUGAAUUCUGAAAACCAGGACUUGGUUCAACAUGUAAAUUUGAUAGCUGCCUUGAUUCCCAUUUUGUGUUUGUGAAAAGUGUGUAUAUUUUAUUUUGCUGUAAAACAUAAUCACUAAUAAUAUGCAAUAAACAUUUUC